AGAUUCGAGAGCACUAAUAAAAUAGACAAAUAUCUAGAGCGUUGAGUACUGAUAGAGUUGUGUGUAAUGGGGAACGAUAUGGACAGCGCACACGUUCCAAGUCGUAGGAUUACUCGUACGACUAAUAAUACGGAACCACAGCAUGUUUGUUCGCAAUGUAGUAGAAGUGAUGAAGUCCCUCCUAUAGAUUAUUAUUGGAGGGACUAUCUUGGAAUAGUACCACGUGAUGCUGUACCCGGUGGGCACGACGUUACCAACAGAACUACCUACAUCGGGCAAGGUUUCUACUCUAAAGCUGGUUUGCUAACAGGAACUAUAUAUCCAGGAAUAAGUGGGAUUAAAUUACCUUACAGCGGAUCAAAUACGUCUGAAAUAGGUGUGAAGGUACUAUGUAGCCCUAAUGCAACUUGCUUUCAAUGGAAGAGAGCCGAAAGUACCACUCUGCAUUCCAGUACAAUUGGAAAGCACCUGGUGAUCGGAGGUUUCGAAGAUGGAAAAAUGAUUAACAUCGGAAGAGCUAUGUUCCAGGGGGAGCUUGUAGUUGGAAAGGUGUUGGGGUUUCAAGCGGAGAAAGCAAAGUUGUACUUUAUACAUGGUGAUAAGGAGUAUGAAGUUAGUUCCUAUGAGGUUUUGAUUUACCAAGCCACACCAUGAUUUGAAGGAUUGUAGAUUUGAAAAUGGAAUUGUAAAUAUUUAAUUGUGUUUUACAUUAAUUAAAUAUAUGGGUUGAAAUAUG